UAAUAUAUUUCAGUCACAGAAUAAAGAUAUAUGUUGAGUGUUAAGUUUUGUUUUCAGUGUUAUUGCUUUUCCUAAUUUGUUUUAUUAUUUUAUCAUAUGAGUUUCUUGUAUUUCGGUUGAAAACAUUUGUGUCACCAACACUAUGGGAUGUCUGACAUGGAUUAGAGGUCUCAAAAUACAACUGCCUUUUAAAGAUAAAGAGUUAAACAAGAUUGCCGCAUUCUUUAAUGUGAUUACAUUCUUGUUGACAUGCGCAGCUCUAGUGCAACCCAGUUGGUUUAGAAUUAAAGGUCUGCAUUGCACCCAGAGCCUCUCACCGGCACAAUUCUUCACAUUCGAUGAUGAUGAUGAUGAUGAUGAUCAGCUGACAAUACAUCAGAAUAAAGAAUAUGAUCCAAUCAAUAGGUCUGACUUCAAUGGUCUACCGCCCUGUACGACUCCGGAGAUAAUAACACUAAUGAGGGUGUUAAUAUUGUUGUGCUUUAUGGUUCUGAUGUGUUCAUGUAUUGGCGUACUCAUCAAUCUAACCAGUCUCAAUAGCAAAGCUAUAAAAAUGCUGCGACGUAAUGCCAUACCGAGCAUAAUGUGUGUGUUUUGGGUAAUCGCCAUUGUUGGCGUGUGCUACUACACAACAGUUGUGCUCGGUAACGUCAACAAUAGCGACCCAAACACAAUACAAGUUGACUACGAGUAUGGAUUUUACACAAUAACAGGAGCAGGUGCUCUCGCUUUGUUAGCGUCUGCCGCUAAUUUGUGGGGAGCGCCACUGUCUAACGAUGAAGAUCUGCAAAGGCGGAACUUGAUGGAGGACUGGGAUGGAUACGAGGCCCACAGCGUGGGGCCCACGCCAGCGGUGCCCACGCUGCCCCCCUACACGCCCACUGCCGACUACAUAUCCACAUUGCCCACAAACUUUGCCCCUCCAGUUCUAGGUACCCAGCAGUAUUUCCCUUUCGAUGAUCUUUCUAUUCUACCCCCACCGCCACCUUACACGCCUUGAGCUAUUUAACAUUUUACAGUAUAAACCGCUUAGUACGACAUCGGUUGAAACGGUAUACCGGUUAUUAUGACCAAGGUUUGCUUACCUUUGAUGUCGUUAUAUCCGGGUUUGACUGUAUAUAGUUAGUCGCGUCUAGUAACUAAAUUUUAAGGCUUGUGACAAAAUCUCUAUGUGACACCAAUUUUGGUAAACAAUAACUCGAAUAUAUUUCAAUUUAGUGUAAAGUUUAUCCAAAUGCUCCUAAAGACACUAAGGUUAAAAAAAAAAAACAAACGCUUUUGUGAUUAUAUUUUUAGUAAAGGUCAAAGAGAUUUCCGGAUCGGUAUUAUGUUUGCACAAAACUUUACUUAUUUCACACUUGAUUUGUGCAUAUUGAUGGUGAUAAUGCUUAAGUUUUGUCUUGUUUUACGUUUCAAACUUAAGAUAAUUUACGUAGUAUCCAUAGAUUUCUUAGUAACAAUGAACAGCAUCAUUGAUUUUCUAACAUCCAAAGAAACGGUAUCUAACAAAGACAUUUUUAGACAAGAAUGUUUUUUAAAUGCGUUAAUUAU